AUGGAAAAAUUGAAGAUGGAAAAAUUGAAGAUGUAUGUGGGUUUGGGAUCGUUGACGAGGAGCCAGAAUUCUGGUCAGGGAUUCUGUUUUUGUGCUUCACGGGCGAACAUAACGCAAUCUUGGACUGACAAAAAUCCAGGUCGACGAUUUUAUAGCAGUCCACAUGGAUGCGAUUACUUCUCUUGGUUUGAUGAAGAGGAAUGUACGAAAUGGCAAAGAAGAGUUUUGAUUGAAGCUCGUGAUGAGAUCAAUCGGAAGUCGGCGGUGAUUGAGCAAUUAACUAAAAACAUCUCAGAAAUGAAAAGAAAUUUCGAGAACAAAGAGACAGUGGAUGACGAAAAUGAAGAUGAGAUUGUUAGAAAGUUUGUGGAAUUCUAUGUUUAA